AUGUCUAAGCCCAAGGCGUUCCUCAAACAAUCAAAGUCGAAAAAGAAAGCAGAACAGGCUCUAGAGACCGCCGACGAUUUUCAGGCAGCUGGCGUGGACUUUGAAGAAGCUGCAGGGAAAUGGAGGGCCGGAGAUGCCGUCAAGUCGAUGCGCUUCUUUUCCAGAGCCAUCGAGGUAUAUGACCAGGGAUUGCAAACCUUCCCCGCCAGCGUUGAUCUUGCGUACAAUAAAGCAAGAGUCCUGCUGGAAAUUGCAACGCAUCCUCUUCUCGUGCCACAUUUGCAUCAGCCUCUUCUUGAGGUUUUGGAGCAGACAUUGGAGGCGCAUCGCUACGCUCUUACUCUAGACCAGGACAAUCCCGAUACUUUGUUCAAUACCGCCCAAGUUCUGACAGCUAUUGCCGAAGUAUAUGCCAGAGAUCCCAACCACGCUGAUCAGGAUGUCCUGCAACUACUCGAAGAAGCCUUGGAACUACAGAAUCGUUGCUUGAGCAUUCAAGAGUUCAAACUCGACGAAUAUACGCAACAGCAGAACGAAGCGGCCGCCCAAAUUGCAUCAGAAAAUUCAGCUGAACCCAUCACUGACGUGGACGAUGAGGGCAAUGCCGCUUCCUCCGGAACCGGCACUGAAGACCACUGGUUUUCGGUUGUGGAACCAGUGACAAAAGAUACCCUUGUUGACACGAUUCUUGCACAACUUGGAACUCUCACUACUCUCAGCAGCUUUCUGAGUUCCUCAGACUCCAUCCCCACCUCUAGCUUGGCUUAUAUCGAAGAAUAUUCUUCAAAAUUGGUCAAGACAAAGCUGCCACCGCUUCUUCAGGAUGCUGGGCCUGAGAGACUACAAGAAGUUGCUCUCGCUCGGGCAAAUCUUGCAUCUGAAUUGUUGAAAGCAGGCUAUCUCUUGGGCUUAAUUGACCCAACCACGUUCAAAAGAGAGCGAGAUGAAGCAUUUCAGGUGGCUGAACUUGACCUGGAAAGGAGUUUUCCUGCCCUGGUAGCUAACGCGAAUAGUCUAAUUGCAUUCAACACUGGCCUUGCAGACGGUGAGCCCUCUAACGCCGUCUCCUACGCGUCCAUGCGGUGGAGUGCCCUGGCUGCAGCAAUAGCCAACAUGGCUACGGCAUCAAAGAUUUCUGGUCCUCUCCCUGAGGAUAUUGCCGAGACACAUUUCAUCCGCGGGAAUUGCUCUCUUCUACAACAUCAGUUAGGACUGCCGCCGACAUCUUAUAACGCGGCCAUUGCGAAUGGCCCCCAGCUACUGAAAAACGCAGAGACCUUUUAUCGCAACGCCAGCAAGCUCUAUCAGGACACAGAGCAGAAAGCCGUAUCGCAGCUGAGGGCAAUCGUUGCUCAAGCUGUUCAGACGCGUGUUGAUAUUGCCUCCACCGCUGCCCAGCAUGACCAGGGUAAAGGACGAGACUGGGUUAGAGCCCAACUUGAUGACAUGGUCGAUGAUGGGCUCAUCACCCCGUCCCAAUCUCUUUGA